AUGAAGUACUUAUUUAAGGAUACCAUAAAGGUGGAACCAAAACAAUUCAAUAAACCUGCAGCAAAAGCCAUCACGGAGCAAAUAAAUCUGAAGUAUGCAAACAAAGAUGUGGGACUAUGUAUCUGUGCUCAUGAUAUCAUGGACGCCAGCGAGGGCCGAGUCCGCUGGGGUGACGGAUGCUUAUACUACACUGUACUGUUUCGCCUAGUGGUCUUCAGGCCAUUUAAUAAUGAAGUACUGGUAGGACGCAUAUCCUCUUCGUCAAGUGAUGCAAUACGUGUUUCGAUGGGAUUCUUUGAUGAUAUAUUCAUCUUGCCGCAUUUGCUCCCGUCUCCGUGUGCUUUCGACUACCAAGAACAGGCCUGGUUUUGGCUAUUGGAUCCUGCAUCAGAUGCACAUGUAGCUGAUCCCUUGUUAUCUGCACCUGAAGAGCGGAUGUAUCUGGAUAUUGGAGAAACCAUACGAUUUGCUAUUGAGUCAGAUGAAUUUUAUGACCUUGAACCUGGGCCCGCCGUGGGCGAGGGCAAGCUGGGUGAGACGCCGAAUCAUGUGGGCAAUAUCCCUGGAGCUCCUGGCUCAAAAGGAUCCACUGCAAGUUCUGCUUACCGGAUUGUUGCUACUAUUGCAGGACAAGGAUUGGGGCUUGUUUCAUGGUGGGCAGGGGCCGAGCAAGUCCCAGUAGAAUGA